AUGAAGGCUCUCCUCCUCCUCUUCCUCCUCGCCCAGGUCUGCUCAGCAUCGCUGGUUCCUGAGAGGGAGAAGGACCCUGAGUACUGGCGGCGGCAGGCACAGGAGACCCUGCAGAACGCUCUGCGGCUCCAGCGCCUCAACCAGAACGUGGCCAAGAACCUCAUCCUCUUCCUGGGGGACGGCAUGGGAGUCUCCACGGUCACGGCCGCUCGCAUCCUCAAGGGGCAACUGCAGCACGGGCAGGGCGAGGAGAGCUUGCUGGAGAUGGAGAAGUUCCCCUACGUGGCCCUGGCCAAGACCUACAACACCAAUGCGCAGGUGCCCGACAGUGCAGGCACAGCCACCGCCUACCUCUGCGGUGUCAAAGCCAACGAGGGGACACUGGGAGUCAGCGCCGGUGUCACCCGCGACCGCUGCAACACCACCAAGGGCCAGGAGGUGACCUCCAUCCUCCGCUGGGCCAAGGAUGCAGGCAAGGCCGUGGGCAUUGUCACCACCACGCGUGUGACCCACGCGACGCCCAGCGCUGCCUACGCCCACUCUGCCAACCGCGACUGGUACUCGGAUGGAGAGAUGCCCCCGGACGCGCUGGAAGGUGGCUGCAAGGACAUUGCUCGGCAGCUGGUGGAGAACAUUCCUGACAUUGAGGUGAUCUUGGGUGGAGGGAGGAAAUACAUGUUCCCCAAAAACACCACUGAUGUGGAGUAUCCCCAUGAGGAGAAGCAUCGUGGCACACGCCUGGACGGCAGGAACCUAGUGCAGGCGUGGCACGAGGCCAAAUCCCCCGGCAAGGUUGCCAAGUACGUGUGGCACCGGCGGGACCUGCUAGCGCUCAACCUCAGCCGUGUCGACUUCCUCCUGGGCCUGUUCGAGCCGGGUGACAUGGUGUACGAGCUGGACAGGAACAACGAGACAGACCCGUCCCUCAGCGAGAUGGUGGCUGUGGCCAUCAGGAUGCUCCAGAAGAACCCCAGGGGGUUCUUCCUCCUGGUGGAAGGUGAGGGGGUGAUGGGAAUGCACAAAGGGAGGAAAAAGAGAGUGAUGGAGGUCUACGGCAACGGCCCUGGCUACAAGAUCGUGGCGGGCGAGCGAGAAAACGUCUCCGCUGUGGAUUUCGCACACGCCGACUACCAGGCGCAGUCAGCAGUGCCGCUGCGGCAGGAGACGCACGGCG